AGCGGGCGGCAGCUAGCGACACAGCUGCGGUAGCAUUUCUUGCCUGCCCUCUUGUCUCCGGUACAGCUACAGCGCUACUAGUUAGCCACAGGACAAUAUCCCUGCUGUAGGCUUCAAGACAUGUUCGUCUUCAAGAGUUCCACUCAUCCCAGUGAGUGAAAUUGGAACAAGUUAGUCCAUUGAUAACCUACAAACGCAGGUAGUCUAGUCACAGCUGAUGAGUGUGAUGAUGAUGAUGAUGGGAGGAGGCUACUGCAGCCGAAGGUGCAGCCCCCCACGCCAGUGCUAGUACCCUUCUCCAGUCUCCAACCCCUGGUUCCACUGCCAGCCCUGGUCCCACUUGGCACCACCUCUGGCCCCACCAUGGCUAACCACCUGGAGCUUCUCAAUGAGCUGCAGCAGCUGGACAAGGUGCCUAGCCUGGAGCGCCUGAGGGCUGCCCAGAAGCGCCGCACACAGCAGUUGAAGAGAUGGGCCGUGUACGAGAAGGAGAUGCAGAACAAGAAACGCAAGGCGGAAAAGAGAAGGAACGCUAAUCACGCCACCGCCAUGGAGGCUAAACGGCACGUAUCGUUUGCUGCUAGUGUGGCGCUGCUAGAGGCCUCGGCACGGAACGAUCCUGAAGAAGUACGUUACCUGUUGAAGAACAACGUCAGUCCAGACCUGUGUAACGAGGACGGUCUCACUGCUCUGCACCAGUGCUGUAUUGAUAACUAUGAGGAGAUGGUGAAGAUAAUGUUGAAUCGUGGAGCCAGUGUAAAUGCCAAAGAUAAUGAACUGUGGACGCCGCUACACGCUGCUGCCACCUGUGGACAUGCAGGGUUGGUCAAGGUCCUCAUACAACAUGGAGCGGACCUGUUAACGGUGAACUCUGACGGCAACAUGCCCUAUGACUUGUGUGAAGAUGACCCCACACUGGACAUCAUCGAGACCGCCAUGGCCAACAGAGGCAUCACCCAGGAGAUGAUCAAUGAGACCCGGGCGUCUGUAGAGAGGAGGAUGAUAGGAGAUAUCCAGGAGCUGCUGACGGAGGGAGAGGACGUCAACCACCCUGAUUCACAGGGAGCUACUCUGCUCCACAUUGCAGCAGCUAACGGUUACGUCCAGGCUGCAGAGCUUCUGCUGGAGGGAGGGGCCAGGAUGGACCUGAGAGACACUGAUGGAUGGCAGCCGCUCCACGCUGCAGCCUGCUGGGGUCAGAUGCAUGUAGCAGAGCUGCUGGUUUCUCACGGUGCCAGUCUCAAUGCCAAGACCUUCCUAGAGGAGACUCCCAUUGACCUGUGUGAGGACGAGGAGUUCCGAGCCAUCCUGCUCGACCUGAAACACAAACACGACAUCAUCAUGAAGUCUCAGCUUAAACACAAGACCUCCCUGUGCAGGAGGACAUCCAGCGCAGGCAGCCGUGGGAAAGUGGUGCGGAGGGCAAGCCUGUCUGACAGACACAACCUUCGCGUGAAGGAAUACGAGACUGAGGCCAUCGUGUGGAGAGGAGGGAGGGAAGGAGGGAGGGAGGAGCAGGAGAAGGAGACGGACCAGGAGAACAGCCAUCCCACGGUGAAGCCAGUAGUGGAGAGACCCAAACUACAGAAGACCUUGAAAGAUGCUCCUAGCGGCAUCAUCAAACAAAAUGGCAUCGUCUCCACGACGACGUCCUCGCCCACUCCCAGUCAGCUGCCGCCAACCAAUGACGAGCCUCCAUCCCCUGACACGAAGAGCGCGUCAGCCGAUCAGCUCCCAGAGGACUCCUCCUCCUCCUUGCCCAGAGAGCGCUCUCAGACCCUGUCGGAACUGAAAAAGCAGAGGUCGGCCGCCAAGCUCCUCAAUCACCCGCUCCUCAACGGUCACCUAGGAAACGGCUCCACAGAAUCCACCGAACCCCAGAGCCCUGUGGACUCCCGUAUGCCCCUCGUCUCGUCCAAUGGCAGUACGGUAUACUACACCCCGGCAAGCGGUGACCCGCCCAUUCUCAGACUCAAACAGCCAUUAGAUGACGAGGAACCAAAGGAGGGCAGCUGCUGCUGUGUCUCCUAGGGAGGAGGUGGAGGCCACCCCAUGACAUCGAUCUAAGGUCAGGCUUACUGUGUUUUCCUCCAAUGGAUUAAGGUUAGGGUUCGGGGAGGGAAAGCUGAUCCUAGAUCUGUGCCUAAGGGAAACUUCUUCCCGGAUAGAGCGUGUCAGAGCAGGAUGGUCUUGUGACUGUGGAGCAGGAAGCAGGAAGAGAUUGCACAGAGGGAGACCGAAAGGCAGAGCAAAGGUCCUCAAAGGUCCUCAAAGGUCCUAGAUGGCAAUGGGAGUGGAGCUGGUCCAGCCAGGUGAUUGGUCCCUGUCCCUCCCCACUGUUUAACACUCCAGGCCAGUAUGGAGCAUACCCUUACUCUGGACAAUGACCGUCCUGAUAGGACGUGAGGAAUCCAGGCCAGAUGAAUUGGGGAGGAGCCACUGUGAUAGCUUGUGGUUGAUGCAGAGGGCCAGGAGGUGGAACAAGAUGGCCCCUAGCCCCUACGAGAAGGCAGUUCUUGUGCCCUAUAAAGGAAUAGAUGUCCAGGCAGUAUGCACUCCCAUGUUAACCAUAUCUGUUGUCUUACAACUUUUGACUGAAUUACUGUUUUCAAACCACAUUCCUCCUUGUAUCCACCAUUUCUGAAAGUGUAUGAGGGGGUGGGGGUGGGGGUGGGGGGGGGACAUUGCAAAGAUCCACUCCACCUUGUCAGAAUACACUCUCAGUAUUAUUACUGCCCCUGUGUUGGUCCGCUGAGAGGCAAGAGGGAAUGGUUGUCUUUCCUAAGAAGUAUUCUCGUUUAAAUGCUGACGAUUUUAGCGAAGGGGAAGGAAUGUUUAAUAGCGUAACAGAACAGUAUUACUUCAACGGUCUACCAUCUAUCUGUUCCUGUGAAGAAGGAAAGGAUGACUGCACUAAAAGACGUUUAAAACAAUGCCACGUUGAACUCUGUCUUCUCUUGCUGACCGUCCGUAUCCUAACUCACAGUGAUCAAGGUGGUAGAAAGGGGUGUGUCUUAUUUGUUGGUCAUUUAAGAAAAAACAAUAUUAUUUGAAAAUGUGUACAGUUUGUUGCUGUUUAUUUAUGAAGAUUAAUGUUAUGUAUACGGGCUAUGGUUAUACAGUGUAUGGAUUCUAUUGGUCUAUCUAUGGAGAGGGAAUGCGUUAGAAUGAGUUGGUACAUUUACAGUAUGUCUUGCUCCCCUGUGAUCCCAGAUCUGCUUGUACUGUCUUGUCACUGUCAUGGAGUUGGCACAAACAGAUCUGGGAUCAGGCUAGAAGCACUGCACCUUUUUAGAAUGGAUAUGUCCCUGUGGAGUUAACAAGGUUAUUGUCCAGUGAUCUGUAGCUUUUGUUUAGCCAGGCACUGUGUCGGUUUAUCCUCAAACAUACCAGGCUAGCUUGUUUAAGGGUGGCACCAACAUCCUAUUGGAAUAUAAGCAUUUCACUACACUCGCAAUAACAUCUGCUAAUCAUGUAUAUGUGACCAAUAAAAUCCGAUUUGAUA